GGUGACCAAAUGGGAGCAUCAGUUGGUAUGAUGCGCAUGUGGAGCGGCAAUAAAACAGCCAAAUACUUGAUGCCACUUCUAAGCAAAGAAAAGAAACGUUGUGCAAUGGAAAAAGUCGAGCAGGAAGCGCAAUCAAAGGGUAUAGAAGUACCCGCUAUUCUAACAGAUUUGGAUGAGAAAACAGGUAUCCAAGCACUUUUCAAUUCUUUGUUACCUGUGAUAUUUCACUCUAUUCUUUGUUAG